AUGAAACAAUUUCUCACUAGUGUUCUGGCACUGCUGCUAACUGUUGUUUUACUGCUUGUGAUGGUAGUGAGUUGUCAUGAUGCUGCCGACUCGAUCAUGAAUGGGAAGUUUAUUUCAAUUUCUUCCAGUUUCGAAUAUUAUCAAGAUACUCCGUACAAUGUAACUUCAACAAUUUAUGAUUUUACCAACAUUUCCGAAGUUAAUAACACAUUCCUCUAUACUUAUGGAUCAGAAAUUGGUUUUUUAAAUUAUGGAAUUGCCUUCCAAGUGAUUAGUUUAAUUUUCGAAUUUAUUUUAAUUGCCAUGUCAGCCACACCAUUGAUUUCUAAAAAAGGAAGAACUUGGCAGAAGAAAGUACUAUUGGCAUGUUGUUUGAGUGCUUCUGUUAUGGAGUUUGCUGCUCAACCUUUUGAUGUGUUGAAAGUGUUUCAUCCAGUUCAGGAUAAAUCUAUUGGAAACGUUGGUGUUCUAAUUCUUCCAGUCUUUCUUGCAAAACUUCAAUUCCAUUCCAUUUUUGGUAUUUUCGUCUAUUUAUUCUUCCACAUUAAUCGAAUUAUUUUAACAAUUGCCGAAAGAAUUAACACUAAAAAGAAGAGAGAAGAAAUGAAGGAACAUUACAAGAAGGCCAUUCUUCAAGCUAUUGCCUCUAAAAAACCAUCUCUUCCAGUUUCCAAUAAUUUACACGAAAGAGAAAGACCAAGAUCCGCCAGCAUGGAUAGCGUUCAUUCAGGCACUCAUUUAAUCAAUGGAACAACUAGUUCAGUACCAGGAUCAGUCAACACAACAGGAACUCCUGGAAAUAAGACACCACCCAACAUGUUUGCCACAAUUAGUUCACCAACAAGUUUGACACCUUCAAUUAAUUCAGUUUCGUCUCCAGCGAAUGAUGAAUUAUGGUAUAUGAGAAAGCAAACUGUUUCUCCAACCUCUAAUCAAACAUUGAUUGUACCAAAUGUUCAAUUGAGAUCUAGUUUGGAUAUUGCCACAUCAAAUGCUCAUCCAAGUGUUUCAACAUUGGCAGUGAGUAGUAGUGUUUCGAAUAGUGGAGAAUUGAAACCAUUAACAAAGAAUGCACUCCUUCUACCAAAUAAUCUUCCUGGAAGUAGAAGAGGAAGUACAGCUUCAAAUAUUUCCAAUUUUUCAGAUACAUCAGUGAGUGGAUUACUAGUUCCAAAUGCAAAGAAAUAUCUAUUCGAUCCAAAUAUUUCACGUGAAAGAAAGAACAGCAAUACGUCCACUAAUAGUCAAUUGAGUGAAUUGGAAAAGACACUCGCAUUGGCUGUACCUACUAAUUCAUUCUAUGAAAAAUAUCCAAGUUCUAAACUUGUGAAAAUGAUCAAAUUUAUCAAGUUUUCAAUGAUUGCAGUUUUAGUUUUGGAUAUUAUUAUUGGAUUCCUUGAUAUUGUAGUGUUGGGUAUUUUCUACUUGUGGGAUUUGGUUGGACCAGCUGAUACUGCAUUCUUUGCAACUCUUGACAUUUAUCCAUUGGUAGCUCUUAUUCUGGCAGUUAUACUUUCUUUCAUGAUGAUUCUGUUUGCAUUUGUCAAUUUGGCACAAGUUAUUGGACUCACUGUAGCUCUCUAUCUUCAUCCAGAUCAUGAUGAUGCAAUUAAGAGUGCUAUUUUGGGCCAUCCAUUACCUUCCAAUGCUGGAUCAACUGGUCCACUUAAAGUAGCUCUGGAAUCAAUUGAGGAAAAUCGUGUAAGAUUAGUCAUUUCAUCAGCAGUGAUUAUUUCUCAAUUAUUUGUGGCUGUUUUCGUUGCCAUGUAUCCUAUCCUCUAUCACAGCAUGAUGAUUCAGGGAAUGAGUUUCCUCUUCCAAAUUAUUUAUUAUUUUGGAAGAAGAAUUGGAACUUUUGGAGCUAUUUUAACAAUUUACAUGUUAUAUUCUCCAUUCUUUCACAUGUAUCAUAGUAUUACAAAAAUAGCAACUACCAAAAAUAAGAGAAUUCUAUUCUUUAGAUAAAUAAAUUAUUAUUAACUGG